AUGGCGGCUGUCAUGGAUAUUUCCUACGUUUGCAGUCUUGGACUGCCUGUCCAUGUCCCUGCAAAGACUUCCAAGGCCUUGCUUGCAGAGGCGCUGCAGGUCGCAAAGCCAGUGCAAAGUCUUGAGACGACGCAGGAUGUCGGCGUCGCCGGACAGGUUGACCCACCACUGCAGAGUUCUGCAGCUGCCAGCAAACCACUGUACAUGGAUGCAACGUACGUUUUUCAAUGCCAAUCCAGCAUUGAACAUUCAAAGCUCAGUGAGGACGGCCAGGCCUUGCUCGUUCAGCUCAACCAGACAGUGUUUCAUCCUCAAGGUGGAGGCCAGCCCACGGAUAUCGGGCGGUUGCUGGCAGAUGGUGUGCCUCCACUCGACGUGGUCUUCGUUUCGAAAGACAAGGUCGAUCAAUCAACGAUUUGGCACGAAUGCAGAGGUGAUGUUCAGCACUGGCUGGGCAAAAAAGGUCUGGAGGUCACGUGUGUAGUAGACGACGCUCGACGUCGUCUUUGCGCAAGGCUUCACUCCGCCGGACACCUCUUGGAUGUUGCUAUGAUGGCCGCGGGCUUUCGCUGGAAGCCAGGCAAAGGCUAUCAUUUUCCGGAUGGGCCUUAUGUCGAAUAUUUGCCUUCAGAGGAGGGGCGGCAGGUGGAUUUGAAGGACACAAAAGCCAAGGAGCUCGUUCUGCAGGAGCUGGCAUCCAAAAUGAAGGAGCUCAUCGACCGGAAUGUUCCCACAGGCAUCGGAUAUGUAGAUGGGACCCGGACAAUCACAAUGGAUGGGGUCGCUUGCGGCUGUGGUGGCACUCAUGUGGAGUUCUCCGGCGAGAUCGGUGAGGUUACCAUCAAGAAAAUUCAGUCCAAGCAAGGCAACAUUCGCGUGUCAUAUGCUCUUGCUUGA